CCCAAUGGCUCUGAACUUCUACAAAUUUUUGCGCUCACAGUGGACUCAGUGCUGUGCUCUUUGGCACCAUCAACCGCACUUGUAAUUGUAGGGCGUGUGAGUUUAUGUGGCCCAGUAUGUACAUGGGUUGCAACCAAACGCUGAGCGGGAGCUCUGGGAACACUUACAGAUAUAGCUACGCAGUAUUCCGGCUUGCCCCUCCCCACUCGGCCGUCCCGCGCCGCGCCACCGAAUCGUGAGUUUCAUGCUGGCACAGGGCGAGUUGAUGCAAGUUGAGGGAGAACUGGGGCUAGCGAGGGGUUCCGUUGAAAGACAGUGGGGUGUGUGUGUGUGGAAGGGGCGGAGCGGGCCAAGCGCACGGCGACCCGCCCCGUCCAUCACAAGGCCACGGGAUUUACUUGACAUGGAUGGCACUACCUGCUCACACUCGCGUGGCUGCCGACUGCCACGCAAACUCCUGUACGGCUGAGGGGUGUUGGGGGUGCCGUACACGAGUUAGUUGGUAGCUGUCCUAGAACCUACCUUGUGCUAGUUUUUCCUGGUAGUCCGAAAAGCGCUGGGCUGCGUUCAUCCAGCGCGACCGCGCGCUCCACCGCGUCGCCAAGCAGCUCACGGGCGGCAGGGCCAAGGAGGAGGUGGUGGUGGGGUGGGGUUCGUGGGCCUUCCAGAGAGGGAAGGGCGGCUCCCCCAUCUCCGUCAGGGGCGGGCGCGCGCCGACGGGGCGGCUCAUCAAGCUGCUCCGUGAGCGCUACGCCAAGCAUGUGUUCAUCAUCGAUGAAUACGAGACCUCCAAGACCUGCUACAACUGCGGGUGUCAGGAGAUGGCCAUCAAGCGGCUUGGGGGGCUGAAGGAGGGGCAGCGGCCCUGGUCGGUCAAAGUCUGCAACGACUGCUUGACGACCUGGAACCGCGACGUCUCCGCCGCCAACGUGAUCCGUGUGCUCCUCCUGCUGAAGCUGAUGGGCUUCGAGCGGCCGACCAAGCUGCGGCGGCCGCCAUGGCCGCCGGCGGCGGCGGGGCCGGGCUGAGAGCCUGAACGGCGCUAGCAGGGCGUGGGGCUGAGGGUGAUCUCACGGUACGAGGUCGACAUGGAGAUGGAAGAGAAGGCGCUCGUCAUGCCCGUGGCGACCAGCGGUUACGACCUCAUGAACGAGCGGCUGGGCCCUGAGGGCCGCUCGGCGCGCUCAGUCAAGGCGGCGGAGACCCGGUACGGCGGCGUCGGCUUUGGCGCCGGCAUGGCCAAGGAGCUGGGCCCUGAGGGCCGCUCGGCGCGCACAGCGGCGGCGGCGGAGACCCUGGGCCCUGAGGGCUGCUCGGCGCGCACAGCGGCGGCGUGGAAGAAGCGUGGAAAGCCCGUGGUCGCUGCCCACACUCCACGCCAGGGUGGCGGCUGUGCCAAGUGCGGCGCCACCAAGACCGUCGGCCGGGGCCUGUGCAAUCGGUGCUAUAAACGGGAGUGGCGGAAGACCAAGUGAACGGUGACGGCGGUGUUGGGGUGCGCGAGAUAGGGCAGCGUUUGGAAAGAGGCUGCAGCCUCUCGGCCACUGAGGACAAUAAGUUUGCAUGGAUCCGGGCAUUUGUUUCGGCUGUGGACUGCAACUGGCAGAGGGUUGCGCCUCUGCCAUUGGGGGCGUAGCGUCUGCACCUAUUGUGGCCCCGACUGGUCUGGGUCUGGUACCGGUAAGGGACUAAGGGCCCCAUACCGUACCUUGCUGCCUCGUGCAAGCAAGGCUUUCCGUACCGGUAUAUAGUUGCUGGAAACCCCCGGUCGUUAGGAGACUCGAAUCUAAGCAGGUGUUGGUUUGAUCGCCUGCAUGCAUGCCUGAGCAGCGCCAAGGCUAGUGAACAGGUGAAGUUGUGUGCUGACUCAGGGCUGAUGUGCCCCUGUUGCCGCUGGCGUGGGCCCGUGCCGCUGCAUCGUGAGGCCAAGUACCGAGCACAGCAGCAGGGUGAGCGAUGGAGGGCUCAAUGGCUAGGUUUGCUCUUGACUGGUGAGGGAUCGGCCUUACUGCGCCCCACAUCCUUCAAGGUGCCCCGCGCAAUAGGCGGGAGGGGGGGGGUGACAGCGCGGUGCCUGUUGUAAGUUUGUAACAGUGAGCGUAU